UAGCAUCAAUCAUGAGCAUGAGGCGGAGCUGGAGGGCUAGGCACCUCUGCGCGUCCUGCCCCGCCGGAAGUGAAGGCCACGGGCUUUGAGCGGGUGAGGCGCGCGGUGACACUGGCGCCGGGAUUCGGGUGGGGGACGCCGCAGCUGGGACCAUUUGAGGGGAGCCCAUGGGCCCUGAAGGGCAUUUGUCAGGUGCCCCUGCCCGGAUGGCAACAGUAGUUCUAGGGGGAGACAGCAUGGGCCCUGAGCGUAUCUUCCCCAAUCAGACUGAGGAACUGGGGCCACAUCAGGGCCCUUCAGAAGGCACUGGGGAUUGGAGCAGUGAGGAGCCUGAGGAAGAACAGGAGGAAACUGGGUCUGGCCCAGCUAGCUACUCCUACCAGCCCCUGAACCAAGAUCCUGAACAAGAGGAGGUGGAACUGGCACCAGUCGGGGAUGGAGAUGUAGUUGCUGACAUCCAGGAUCGAAUCCAGGCCCUGGGGCUUCAUUUGCCAGACCCACCAUUAGAGAGUGAAGAUGAAGAUGAGGAAGGAGCUACGGCAUUGAACAACCACAGCUCUAUUCCCAUGGACCCAGAACAUGUAGAGCUGGUGAAAAGGACGAUGGCUGGAGUAAGUCUGCCUGCGCCAGGGGUUCCUGCCUGGGCUCGGGAGAUAUCGGAUGCCCAGUGGGAAGAUGUGGUACAGAAAGCCCUCCAAGCCCGGCAGGCAUCCCCUGCCUGGAAGUGACCACAGUGAGAGCUGCCUUAUCUUCCUACAUUCCAGGCCAGAACCAGCACAGGACCGAACACAUCCCUGGUUGUAAUGUCCAUUUUCAUCUUCCCCAUCACCCUUUCCACAUCAAGGCACAUCAGGCUCUCAGAGACCCACUUUAUUCGGUUCUGUACAUAUGGGGACAUCAGCCCAAGCCCAACCCACCUUAGCAUGUAUCACUCUGUGGAGAAUAAAGCACCCUAUGUACACAGCCAAAA